UUUUCCCGCCCGAAAGUUUUGAAGAUAACCUAAUCAACAGUGCGUGCGGCAUAACAAAAAUGGCAAUACAGGCACCGGAUGAGACUAAUGGCCUUGUCAGUUGCAUAUUUGUACUUGUACGCACAAAUUUGAAGGAACUUGAUGACGACUUUUCUUUGACUGACAUGAUAAAUAUUAACAACACAGUGAGCGGAGAUGAAUACAUUGCUAAAGCAAUACCUGUGUCAAGCAUGAAUGGGAAGCGAAUGAAUGUUACACUCGGUGAAGAAUCAAUGACAACAUGUGAUGUAAUGAAUACAGGAAAAGCUGGGAUACAAAAGGAACAAUCCUCUGAAAAAGAAAUUUUAUUUGCGGGAAGAAAUAGGAAAUUAAAUAAAGAGAAAUUCAGUGUCUCGAUAGUUUAUUCCGCACCCUCUGGUGAACAAAUACAUGUCAAGCAGAGCCCUCCAAUGACGCUGAAAGUUCAGCAAGAAACAACUGCUGAAAACGAUGCUGAGAAAGGAGCGUUCGAGUUCAACAUCAUCAGUUUUGUGAUUGGAUUUCUUAUUCCCUUCGUCUUCUUGGUCGUCUCUGCCUGGAUCAUAUACAAACUGAGGAAGAAAAUAAAGAAUUUGGAGGAAAACGCAGGAGUGAAAGAACACAAUUACGAAACUAUUAAAAAAAAAGAAACUCCUUCAAACAACCCAGUAUCACAACCAUCAUAUUCAAAUGUGCUGCAAGAAACUGUUGGUUACGCACAAGUUCUUCCUGCGACAACUAAUCAAACACAAGUGGAGUCAGCUUACGAACAACCAUCAUCAUCAAAUGUCCUGCAAGAAACUGUCGGUUACGAACAAGCUCUUCCUGCGACAACUGAGCAAACACAAGUGGAGUCAGCUUACGAAACUUACAACGCCUGAUAAAUUUCAGCUAAGCAUUAGCAAUUGGCAUAAUACAAAAUAUAAAAAUAUUUAUAUUUUUUUUUAAUAAAACAAUAGGUAAACUUGUUAUAUACAAUGUCGUUGAUGUUAAAGCAGCAAGUCAAGUCGGUGUCGAUGGUUUCAAAUCUACAUAUUACAGUCAGUGCAACCAUCAGUCUUUAUUCACUUUCUCAUCCAGAGUGUAAUCAGCACUGUAUGUUAUGCCGCGGACAUCUCCAUGCAUUCCUUUAAAUAUUAAACGUUAAGGUUAAGUCUGUGAAUUGGAAUGCAGCAAUAAAACUUGGAAGACCUUAUUUGAGAAGUUUGGUAUCAUAAUUUAUUUGAAAGUUGUUUUUUCGGUUUUCCCCUGGUACGUGAUGUGUCUCUCUGUGAUUUACAACACCCCGCUAGGUGACGCUAGAAAUUUUUAUCCACCAGGUCCUGCAAAUGCUUCAAGCGAGACAAGGUGAUGUUUAAUUCUAUUGUUUGCUAAAUUUUUACUUCACGUUGUUUUUGUUCUGCUUAUUAAUUAUUUUAGAAUGUGGUUGACUCGGUGAUGAGUAAUCCGUCCUUCUUAAGUUUGUAUAUUUUGUAUUUAUAUCUUUACUGAAAAAGGAAAGUUUGACUUUAAAGAAUGUUUCCCAUUCUGCAAAACUGCUGAAUAUUCGCACUUUGUUAAACUUGCCUAAUAUUUCUUUGAGUUUUUCAAUUAUUUCAAAUUUUGGAGAAGCUGGCAAAGUUUUAUUAAAAUAAAUGAAAAUCUCGUUUGGUAAACUUUUCUCACGAACUGACUCGG